AUGCCGACAUCAAAGCCAAGUGACCAACUCGAACUGCUCCAGGAUGUUAGCAUCGACAAGAGUAUAACAUCACACUUUCCGGUAGGAUCUCGUGUGGUUGCAACCAAACGCCACGGUGCAAGCGAUUGGACUUUACCAGUACGCGUCGAUCUCAAGCUCGAGGACGGCACUACCUGGCUGUAUUUUUUGAAGCUGGCUGCAACCGACACAGACAUGAGCAUGCUUCGAGGAGAAUUUGAGUCCAUGUCUGCGCUUUAUUCACUCUCUUCUGACUUCGUAGUGAGGCCAAUCGCAUGGGGAGCGUGCGCCUCGGCCCCAGACACGUACUUCUAUCUCAGCGAUUUCCACGAGCUCAGCGAAGACUCGCCGAACGUCGAAACCUUCUGCGCACGCAUUGCCGAACUGCAUGUGAAAAGCACCGUGAAGCGACGGUCGGAGCCCAGCCACGACAUUUCUGGUCGGCGUUUUGGAUUUCACGUCACAACGCAUCUCGGGAUGCUGCCUCAAGAUACCCGUUGGUGCGCGACGUGGGAGAAUUACUACAUCCAGGAUCUAAAGCGGAUUCUCGCGUUUGAAGAGAGGACACAGGGUCCGUUAGAUGAUCUGGACGCUCUCGCCACUCAGCUCAUCGAGAAAGUCAUUCCUCGCCUCUUACGUCCCCUCGAAACGGGAGGCCGGGAGGUCGCGCCCACCUUGAUCCAUGGCGACUUGCAAGUGAGGAAUGCUAGGACGGACCUUGCAACUGGUCUUCCCAUCAUUUUCGAUGCUGGGUCGUUCUGGGGGCAUAACGAAUGCGACCUGGGGAAAUGGAAGAUACCGAGGUUCCGCAUGGGUACCAAGUAUAUAGAGGAGUAUCAUAAGCACGUUCCCAAGUCGCCGCCGGAAGAAGACUGGGAAGAUCGCAAUCUCCUCUACUCAAUUCGGUACAACCUCCUGACGUCGGCCCAUUACCCGUCGGAGAAGUCAAUGCGACGGUGGGCGCUGGAUGAUAUGCGUCAACUAGUCGAGAAAUAUCCAAAGGGUUACGACAAUCAGUAA